GCAGAUUUGGCUCUUCCAUACGUCUUGUUUGUGUAUUUGACGGCUUCAAAGCCUCUACCUGGCCUGGAAAAUUUGCUUCUCAAGUUGAUUGGCUCAUUGGUGCAUCAAAGACAUUGCAUUUGGAAUACCGGGCUGAUAUGAUGCAAAUUACUUCGAGCUCGUAACAGUGCAACUUAUCCGAGUUGUUCUUGCUUCGUUAUAGUUAUUAGUCUAGGUAGUUGUGUACUGGUUGAUUUUGAGCUAGAGAUUCCGGGAGAAUGGUUCCAUCCGGGCCGCCCACUCCGGUAGGUGGUGGCCAGCCUGUUCCGCCUUCUCUUUUAAGGUCAAAUUCUGGUGUGUUGGGAGGCCAAGGAGGUCAGCUUCCUUCCCAACCGACAUUUGCUUCCGUUGUCUCCCCACGAACUCAGUUUGGCAAUAACAUCAACAUGAGUUUGCUCGGGAAUGCGCCAAACAUGUCUUCUCUACUAAACAAUCAAUCCUUUGGAAAUGAUGUGCCAAGUUCUGUCAUUUCUGGCCAGCGUGUGGGUAUGGAGAUGGGUGGGUGUGGGUCUGACCCAUUGUCCAGUAUGGUGACCACUGGCUCAUCAGUUCAAGCUCAGGGUCAUCAAUUCUCAGACCCUUCAUCCAACCAGUUUUUGUCAGAUCAGCAACAGAACCAGCAAAUGGAGUCUCAGAAUUUCCAACAUUGUCAACAGUCUAUACAACAGCAGCAGUUUCCCGCAAUACGUGGAGGAGGAUUAGCUGGCGUUAGACCCGUUAAGCUGGAGCCUGGCCAGGUAUCCGCAGACCAACACAGGCAACUGCAACAGCCACAACAGCAGCUGUUGAGAAAUCUCGGACCGGUUAAGUUGGAACAGCAGCAACUUCAGGCUAUGAGGAGUUUGGCCCAAGUGAAAAUGGAACCACAACAUACAGAGCAGUCACUGUUUCUCCAGCAGCAGCAGCACCGGCAGCAACAGCAACAGCAACAGCAACAACAGCAGUUUCUUCAAUUGUCGGGCCAAUCUCCUCGGGCUCAAAUGAAUCUGUUUCAUCAGCAGAGGCUUAUGCAACUUCAACAACAGCAGCAACUCUUGAAAGCAAUGCCUCAACAACGACCUCAAUUACCGCAGCAGUUUCAACAGCAGAGUUUGCCUUUGAGGCCACUUGUGAAACCUGUCUACGAGCCUGGGAUGGGUGCCCAACGGCUUACUCAGUACAUGUAUCGGCAACAACAUAGACCUGAAGACAAUAAUAUCGAGUUCUGGAGAAAAUUUGUAGCCGAGUACUUUGCUCCCAAUGCCAAAAAGAGAUGGUGUGUUUCUAUGUAUGGUAGUGGCCGGCAAACAACUGGAGUUUUUUCUCAGGACGGGUGGCACUGUGAGAUAUGUAAUCGGAAACCUGGACGUGGUUUCGCUUAUCGAAAACUCUAUGCCUGCUUUGCUUCAUUCAUUUUUUUAGAGGCCACUGUGGAAGUCCUUCCCCGGCUUUUUAAGAUAAAGUAUGAGAGUGGCACAUUGGAGGAACUUUUAUAUGUUGAUAUGCCGAGGGAAUCACAAAAUUCAUCUGGUCAAAUUGUAUUGGAGUACGCUAAAGCAACACAAGAGAGUGUCUUUGAGCAUCUACGUGUUGUUCGUGACGGCCAACUUCGGAUAGUUUUCUCUCCAGAUCUUAAGGUUCUUCAAAAAAUAUGCUUGUGGGAGUUUUGCGCUCGACGUCAUGAAGAGCUUAUCCCUCGAAGACUUUUGAUACAGCAGGUUAGUCAACUGGGUUCUGCAGCUCAGAAAUAUCAACAAGCCACUCAAAAUGCAUCUUCAGAUACUCUUCCAGAGCUACAAAGCAACUGCAACAUGUUUGUAGCAUCUGCAAGGCAAUUGGCAAAAGCAAUUGAAGUUCCAUUGGUGAAUGAUUUGGGGUACACAAAGAGAUACGUCCGAUGUCUUCAGAUAUCAGAGGUGGUAAAUAGUAUGAAGGACUUGAUAGACUAUAGCAGAGAAACAGAAACAGGACCUAUAGAGAGUUUAGCCAAGUUUCCUCGGAGAACAAGCUCCUCAUCUGCACUUCCGGGACCGUCUCAGACACCCAGUGACCAGCUAAGGCAGCCACAGCCACAGCUGCAACAACAAGCAGUUGCACAAAAUGCUAACGGUAACCAGAGUUCAGGCCAAGGUGGAGCAAUGCAGGUUAAUCCCAACAAUGGCGUGACAAGUGUAAAUAAUUCCUUCAAUGCAGCUUCUGCUUCUGUUUCUACAUCCACAGGCAGCAUUGCAGGGCUUAUGCACCAGAAUUCGAUGAACUCAAGGCAGCAGAACUCUGCCAACAAUCCAAACAGUCCCUAUGGUGGAAAUUCUCUUCAGAUGCCAUCUCCAAGUUCCUCCAGUACUAUUCAACACAGCCUGCCGUCGUUUCAGUCUCCGACUUCCUCGUCUAAUAACAACAGUAAUCUUCCUCAACCAUCUCAAAAUGGGUUACCGUCCGUUAAUCACAGGAGUGUUGCAAGCUCUCCUGCUAUACAGCAGCAGCCAGGUCCUUCCCCGAGUGAAGCUGAAGCAAAUGACUCUCAGAGUUCUGUUCAGAAGAUCCUGCAUGAAAUAAUGAUGAAUAACCAAAUUCCUAGUACAGGAGGCAUGGUUGGUUCUGGAUCGUACGUAUAUGAUGGGAAGGCUGCUAACAGGAUAUCUCCCAUAAAUAACCCUGGAGUCCACGGAGGGGGAAACGGCUUGGUGAUGAAUGGACCGGUGAAUAGCAUUGGAGGUGGAGCGGGUUUUGGCACAAUGGGGGUUGGUGGGGGGAACGGGAACGGGAUCAGAGCAGCGAUGGCAAACAGUAGUAAUGGCAACACAGACAUGAACGGGAGGAUGGGGAUGAUGGGAAGAGAUCAAAAUAUGGGUCACCAGCAACAAGAAAUGGGGAACCACCUCCUAGGGACUGUUAAUGGUUUCAACAAUUUUCAGUUUGAUUGGAGCGGAUGACAUGGAAACAAAGCCGAUAAUGGAACUGAGAGUGGUGAUACACUAGAAAUGAGGUGGGAUUUAACCAUUGGUAAAGAUACAACCUUGACCUUGCGUUGAUGAAGAAGAAGGUGAUACAUAUAUAUAUAUAUAUAUAUAGUAAUGACGUUAUGGCGUCUCUAGUGUAUCCACCCUUUUUGUACUAUCCCCAGGAAAAUAGAAUCUUUCUCUCUAUCUCUCUCGCCCCCAUGGGAGCGAACAGAUAAAGGUGCAGCCACUGAAUGUUGCAUGUGUGGAGAUUCUGGUCUCUCCCACGAGCUUCCCUUCUGCAAAACAUGCCGUUUCUCUCCAUGGAGAGUGUUUCCAUCAUUGUUUUUUUCUUAUGUACAACUGCUUUGCUAAUAUGUUGAUGAAAUGGGUGUCUCUGAGGGCAGAAUUCUGCAAAUCUCGCGUUGUAUUUCGCACGUUCUAUGCAUUACAAACAAGUUCCACAA